AUGGCAGUGGGGACAGGGCUCGUCCUCCUCUUCUCCGACCCGAUGGUCACCGUCGCCGGCUUUGCGCGCGCGCGGGUGCUCCGCGGCUGGACGAGUCUCGUCGUGCUCGCGCUGUUUCCAGCCUCGAUCGCCCUCGUGGCGGGGCUCGAGGCCAUCGGCCUCGACUGA